AUGGAAACAAGAAUCAAAGCUGAUGGCGGAAACAAGGUGAAGUUAAUGUGCAGUUACGGCGGGAAAAUUCUGCCGAGGCCUCGGACUUGCAAACUUACCUAUGUUGGCGGCGACACAAAGCUCCUGACCGUUGAUCGAAACGCUAAAUUCUCCGACAUUGUCAAGAAGCUCAAUUCUCUGUUCAAUUUCAAAACCGACGAUAUCCUGAUAAAGUAUCAGUUGCCUGGAGAAGACCUCGACGUCUUGAUAUCUUUGACCGGCCAUGAUGAUCUCGAGAACAUGAUGGUUGAAUACGAUCGUUUCCGUUUCCACAGGAUUCCUUCUCCGCAUAACAAACCAGUAAGGAUACGCCUCUUUGUUUUCUCCUCCGCAAGGAACCCCGCGAAUCCGACAGGUCAUAAGUCCGGGUCGGGUGCCCCUUUGAAUCCGGAUUAUCUCUUCGGGUUCGAUAAGCACUGCGACUUCAACAGCACUACAACUGACAUGCAAGCCAGUAACAGUGCCACAAAAUCCACACACGACUUGGAGCCUUGGAAGAUUCCCUGCACGGUUCAUCCCAGGAAAAUACCAUCAAACAGCAGUCUGAACCCUAAUUGUCAUAAUGGGAAUGAGGUGCAGAAGGUAACAGCGCGUGAUGGGCACGUGGCUGUUAGGGUAGCAAACCAGCUGCAAUUAUCAGCAUACGGUUUUCCGGUGAUAAGCGUUGGGUUGGAACAAGCACGGCAGCGAAGCAGAAUAUUAAUGCCGGGAAUGAUGAAAGUGGGGAUGAUGAAUGGUGAUCGCCUGCAACAGCCUAUAUACAAUUUUGUUCCGACGAUGCCGUCGGUGCCGGAGUAG